CAGAUCUCAGCAUCGCCUCAAACUUAUGCCUUUGCAUUUCUGACUGCUGCAGGUGGCAUUACACUCAUAGCGUUGAAUGGUUAACUUUUUGUCUCAUAACUUAGGAUUCGAGGGUAAAAUGGUGGCUUGAACUUUCCUAUCACAGGUAAUUCUUUUAUUCACAGCUAAAUUCAUUCAUUUGUUUUUGUCAUCUUACAGGUAUUUUGGUACCGUUACCUAUACUAAAGGCUGGUGUCCUGGAAGCAAAGCGGCGACUUUCAGUCAGAAUGGUUCCUAUGUUACUGUGCCCAACAUUAACAUAACAACCUGUGACUUUACAAUUGCAUUUUGGGUAAAGUAUAUUGGUGUUGACGGGCCUAUACUGGCACUUCGGUCACAGGGUGGAAAACUUUUUCACGUUACAGUCAAGAAUUCCCGACUCAUUUUAUCGAUACACAACACUUUCCACUUACAAGUCAAUUCCUGGAAUCACGUAGCAGUAACCUGUCAGGUGAAUAAGAUCAAGGUGUUCGUUAAUGGUGCGGAGGAGGCAUUGAUAGACCAAAGGAAAGAGAAUUUCUUCUCAUCAUUAGGCCGUUAUCAGCCAGAGUACAUCAUAGGGAAUGAUCCAGUUUUGGUCAAGAUGCCAAUGACAAAUGGGGUGUUUGUUGGAGCAGUCAUGGAUCUUUAUGUGACUGGAAUAGUUUUAUCUCCGAGGCAGGUCUCUGACCUGAGUAAAGGUAAGAGUAGUGUCUAUCCGAGGAUAAAUCGUAAUCUUCGAUCCUUAAUAGAGGUCAGUUGGAUGUUAAAAAAUUGAAUGUUCUUCUUAUAGUCCUGGUUUAAUAAUGUUUUGGCAUAAUUCGUCAUAAUUUUCAUCAAUUUUCCAAAAACUUUUGUAAUAAUUUGCACUUGUCAAUGGUGGAUCCAGACCUUCAGAUAAGAGGGGGGAGGGCCCGAUCAUCCAGAUCCUGAGAUUGGGGGAGGGGGGCGGUCUCCAAAAAAAUUUUUUUUGGCCCUUCGGGCCUCAGUUUGGCCUAAAAAUAGAGGAGGGGAGCGGGCCCCCCGGGCCCCUACCCUAGAUCUGCCACUGCUUCUGGCUAGUUUACAGCUCAAAAUUGAUCAUGUUACCACUUAUUUUGGCCCGACAUCAGAAUUACAGGCAAAUUUAAGUCACGAAAUCAAUUUUUUGCAUGCGCAUAGUCAUCUCGAUUACUUAAGAUGGCGUCAGCAAUUCUCGUCCCCAGAGCCCGUCGUUUAAACACGGUAAAAUUCAUCUACCAUGGGCAGAAAUCAGAGACAGCCAGCGGUCAAUUUGCGGGCUCAUGCCUGUUUUCGAUUUCUUUCAAAAUAUUGGCACAAAAAUGAUAAAAUUGUUGUUAAAAGUAAAGAAUCAAGCUUUAAAGUAUAUUUUAGAUCUUUAAAGGCGAUCUAAGAGCACCAAAAGCUCUCUUUCUUGCCUAUACAUUCUAGUCACGCUUGCUGUCACGGGUUGGUCACGUGUUCUUGAAACGAGGGGCUCUGGAAGCAGCCCUUACCGGAUGUCCGAAAAUUUCGGACAUCCGAUCAUGCUUGUGCAGAAGUUACAAAUAUCACUGCUCAUGCUAUCUUUAAUAUUUCAAAACGUCUUUUGAAACGAAACAAUUCAUGUGAAGUGUUAUCAAAGUGGACAGGAAAAUAGAAUAUAUAUAUUCGUUUCACUCUACCUAGUUGUGUUUUUUUCCUAUGUUUAUUUCUUUUUGAGAUGUCGAAUGGUAGGUUUUAAUUUUGCCCAUGAGCUUUUGUGUACAACUUGAGUGAAGACAACCGAAGGUUUAUGUCAAAACAAAUCAAUAUUAAUCAUUUUGCUGUCCCAAACAGGGUUAAAGAACAGUACAAACUUUGUCCAGGAGAAGUGACACCUUACUGGAGGGGGUUGAUAGAUAUCUGAGAAAGUCUCUUACACUUCCACGGACUAGAAAACUGAGUGAAUCAAAUUGCAGUUCAGUUCUUUCUGUAAGACAACCCUAACUGAAACUUGAUUCACUCAGUUUCCUAACCCUAAUCAUAAACUUGAGGGUCAUUUGGUGUUGGUGGCCAUUUAGUGUUUUGCGAAAGGGGACCUUUAUCUAUUAGAGGUUUAUCCUCCCAAAGAUUUCAGUUAUCUUCUCCUGACUAAAUAUCAUCACCAGUGCCUCAAAGACGGAGUUGUCAAUAAUUUUGCUGUCCAACUGAGAAAAUCGUGAACGCCUGAAAAUUUUCAGGAAUGUUGAUUGUGUAAUGACCAAUCACUAUAAAGUUCAGGACACUUGAGCAAACCUCAAAGGGGUAAGGGGUUUUAAGGUUUUUUUUUUCGAAAAAGGAGGGGCUUAUAUCUAAGGGGCUAUAUAACUAGAAUAGAAAAAGCGAUUCGAAAUGAAAUACUUCUUGCAUUUACUGGUUUUAAACUAAGCUUCAAAAUGUAAUUGUGGAAGAUUAGAGGAGGGCUUAUAACCAGGAGGGCCAUUUUUUCUUGUUUACCUCUCACUAUCUGAAUGCCUAGAACAGGUUAUAAUAAGCUUUAUAGCUGUAAUUUCUUAUCUGGAACAGUGAAAUGUAGAGUGAUAUACACUUUAUAUAGACUGUAUGCUUUAGAAGACCCCCUUAAGAAGUACACUUUGAGUAUUGCACAGCCCAAAAGCAUUUUCUUGGGUAGCUGCAUUCGUCAUGUUUUGAAAGUGGAGUGCAAGGCCUCUUUUGAAAUUGGGGAUGGAAUUUUGGAUCAGACCUGAAAUAGGAUAGGGAAAAUCACAUAGUUUCGUCAAACUUUGGCAAGGCAAGAAGCAUACUGCAUGCAGGGCCAACCUGAACUGAUUUUUGGAGGGUAGUACAGUUGUAUUGAAACUGAAUGUGCUUUGUAGAGUUAAAGUACAAUAUCUGCUCACAGCUACAAUUGUAUAAUUGUUUAGUUCACUUAAAAUUGAUUAUUUCAUGUUAUAAUAUGAGGGUUUCCAACUAGGAAAGAGUUUUACCCGAACUGAAUCAAUGACCACUGAAAGCAAGUUUUAAUUUGGCUCAUUACAUGUCAAUAACCAAGUAGACUAAGAUGCCAUAUGCUUCAGUAAGCUAAGGCCGUGUGCAAGCUCAAGGAGGGGGGGGGGGAUAUCAGAGGUGGUUAGGAUUAGCUAGAAAACUAGAAUAUUACUGUUGCUCAAACUAUUAUGUUACCCACCCUAUCGAAGGUGACAUAGUGCAAAAUCCAGUUGUCAUCAUCAACAACCACUUACUCCUGCAGUAUGAUACAAAAUAGACUACUCUAGGCUGUUGUUCAUUUAUUAUUUUAUUUAUCAACACCUCAGUUGUCCAUAACAUUAUCAAUAAAUCUACAUUAGGCCAGUUUUCAUAUAAUAUAUGCCUAAUUUUAAACAGUUUCUUAAAAUUUUUCAGUAUUUAUGGUCAGCGGCUGUUACCAUUUUUGCUUAGGACUCGUGCUAGUUGCCGCCAUGUUCUUGUUUAUCACAUGUGUGAUUUAGGUUUACAAUCCAUGUAAUCCUUCGCUCAUCUGUAUCGUGUAAGGCAGACUAAGUUGUUAUCUGGAGAUAAAGAAAAGAUCUGAGGAUUAAAGUUUUUCUUUUUUUUUUUCUUGUGAAUGACAACGAAACUCCUUCGGAUGCUAAGUACGACUUUCGAGGGCAACCACAGUUUUCUUGUAUUUUAUAACUUUCAAAGCAAAUUGUUGAGAACAUUGUGCUACCUUAUUUAGUGAUCAGACGAAUAACAUAAUUAUUUAUGAAGAAAAAUUGUGCAAUAGCUACUUCAUUGUUAACUGUUCAUGAUAAACAACCCUAAAGGCCCUUGUUGCCAGUUAAAAUUUUGAAAGCUCCUUCAAUGAUCUUAAUGAUACGGUGCUACAGGUCGAAACCGCAAUUUCGAGUACAAAGAAGACAAAGUAACAACGCAAAUACUUGAUUUAAUCAAAUACAAAAACUAUUGAAACUAAACAUUUCAUUCAUCGCCUCAAACGAUUUCCGCAGAUUUCGUCCCGUUUUUUAUUUUAUUUUUUUUUGUAAUGCCAACAUCUUAACACAAGUAUCUUUGUUUUCUUAUUCUUGUCCAAAGUGUCAGUGCCCAGCGUACAUUUUCAAGAAUCUAUGCGUUGAUUGUUUCCUAUACAAAUUUUCAUCAGUCUGGUAAUACAUUUUCCUUUUAAAUGGCCCAGACAAGAAGCCAAAACAAAACGGCAGCAAAACAAAACGACAUUCACAGCAACAAGAAGCGAAGAGUGUUCGCCGACGAACCGCCGUCAGCCAACAAAAUUUUUUUGGGCGCGUUGUCGCAGAGACUUUGCGCUGACUGGCUAUUUUGCAUUGCCUAUUGUAUUUUCUGGCAUUUGAUUGGCUCAGACCAGCUGUCUUAUUUUUCUUAAAUUGGACAGUUUGCCUAUUUGUAAAGGAAAGUCCUAUCUGAAACUAUCCAAAUUAAUCCUUAAUUGGACAGUUCGUAAAAAUUAAAGGAUAAUAGCUUUGCUGACAAUAUCGGAUUAACUAACAGCUAUAUAAUUAACCUUAUAAAAUAAAGGUGGUGUAGCUGGGUGACUGGGUUUAACUUCUUUGUUUAGGCUGUUACCAUUUUUGCUUAGGACUCGUGCUAGUUGCCGCCAUGUUCUUGUUUAUCACAUGUGUGAUUUAGGUUUACAAUCCACGUAAUCCUGCGCUCAUCCGUAUCGUGUAAGGCAGACUAAGUUGUUAUCUGGAGAUAAAGAAAAGAUCUGAGGAUUAAAGUUUUUCUUCUUUUUUUCUUGUGAAUAACAACGAAACUCCUUCGGAUGCUAAGUACGACUUUCGAGGGCAACCACAGUUUUCUUGUAUUUUAUAACUUUUAAAGCAAAUUGUUGAGAACAUUGUGCUACCUUAUUUAGUGAUCAGACGAAUAACAUAAUUAUUUAUGAAGAAAAAUUGUGCAAUAGCUACUUUUUUGUUAACUGUUCACGAUAAACAACCCUAGAGGCCCUUGUUGGUCUUUGGCUUAUAAAUGGCACGUGACUGGAAGCCAAGAAAGGACUGUUGGGAUGAGAGAGUAUGUUCUUGCAACACAUCUGUAACAAGUCGGUUACAGAGCCUUUCCUUUCACAGCCUAAUUCUUACUGUUAAAUUAAACACUAUCAGAGGGCCUCCAGAAUUAUCUAAGCAUGAGUAAAGAAUUAAUUCAGCGGAAGAAAAUGUAGAUUGGAAAGAGUACUUGCCCUAUCAUCUUUACACAAAAAUGUGAAAAAUUGCCUUAUGCGUGCAGCCCAAAGGAUUCAUAAGCCAUUCAGUUUUGGCUUUGUGCACUGACAUCAGUGCUCUAAUGAAUAAAGGCUUGACACAGAAAAUUAUUUUGACCUCUUAGUAUUGCAAAGGAGAUACAGUACUUUCAGCAGAAAAAACAAUAAAUUAAUAGCACUUUGUAAUACUCAGUAAUAAACUUAUCAUUUCUGUAAUGUAGUCCUUAAGCUUGAUUUUCUCUCUUACUGUAACACUGACGAAUAUCCGGAGGAAUUAGAAAGACUGAUUAGAUUUAAUAGAGGGUCUCAAUGGGGUGGUGGCUUUUACGGUUAUCGGCUAAAGUUUUGGCUCUUUUACGGCUAUCGGUUAAUUUUUUUCAGUUACGGUUAACAAAAAAGUUAAAAAUUAACUUCGUUUGUUUAAAAAAGUUAAAUAUUAAUUAACCUGUAUUUUUUUGUAUCUUUAAAUCAAAAUAAAGGUGUUCGGAUCAUCUCGGGAUGAAAUGAGCUAUUCUUUUGAAAAAUUUUAACAUUAUUUGAUAGAUCAUACUUUUUACACAGCAUUCCACUUCUAAUAUCAUUUUACACAUAGAAAUGUCAAUAGUCAGUUUAAAAAUAAUCUUUGUGAAAAAGCAAAAACAGACACGCGAACGCCAAACUCAAGGCCGGGGCGCCACAUUCAUUAUAACAGAAAUGGCCGUUUUCACACUAGAGAAGGAUUAUUCGUGUGAGACGCUGGGUUAUCGGUUUGAUGAUUCGCGUCUUUGUUUAUUGUUUUGUUUGCCAAAAAUUGUACAAAUCAAAUAAAAUCUAAUUACUAAAUUUACUUAAACUCUCAUGGCGAGGAAGCCCAAGAGAAGCCACCGGGCUUAUAAGGAAUGGGCUCUCUCAGUUAGAUAAUUAGAACAAAAUAUUAUCAUAAUUACACAUGGGAAAAUCAAUGGCAGAGCUACAGUAAAUCUUAAAAUAAGUAUAUUAGAUAGUCGUACUAAUCAUAGUUCUAGGCUAAAAAAAGCGAAAUGACAAAAAGAAAAAAAAACAAAAAGAAAAAAAAGGAAGAAAAAAAUACAUAUAUAUGAAUAUAAAUUACUAUUUAUGAUAAGAGGAAUGCUUUCAGCUUACAGCAAAAGGACGCGGUACUUGUUGCAUUUCGAAUUUCAAAACUAAGAGAGUUAAAAAAUUUAGGACCUUGGAAACUGAUGGAGAACUUUCUUAUAUUAGUCCUGCAUUGUGGUAAAUAAAAAUGUUCCGAACUUCUAGUGCCAUAAGAAUGCACCUGGCGUGUCACCAAAAACAUGUUAUUGAAGCUAUAAGGAAGUAAGCCAGAUCUGUAUUGAUACAUAAAUUUUCCUAUUUGAAGUUUGUAGGUACUCUCAAGAUUCAGAAUUUUUAAAUUUUUAAAUAAGGGGUCAGUGUGAGCAUCGAAAGCACUCCUCGACAUUAUUCUUACGACCCGUUUUUGAAGGGUGAUUAAUCUCCUGAGGUUUGAUGGGUAGGUCGAUGCCCAGACGCUCACGCAGUAGAAUAAGUAUGGGUAGAUAAGGCUAAAAUAAAGCAUCCGUAAGGAGGAAUUAUUAAGGCAAAAACUUGAUUUAUAAAUUAUACCUAUGGCUUUAGACACUUUCCGAGCAACAUUAUGUAUAUGUGAUUUCCAUGUUAAAUGUUUAUCCAAAAUUACACCAAGAAAAAUAGCUUCCUUAACACGAUCAAUCGAAUAAUUACUAAUAUUAAAAGCUAGAUUAAGUGUUUGCCUGUUUUGUUUCGGUCUGAAUAUGACAAAAUUAGAUCUCUUAACACUAAUAGAUAGCUUAUUUGUAUAAAACCAACACGUUAUCUUUUUUAAUUCUAAAUUUACAACUUCCAUAAGAUAGGAAGCAUCAGUAUGCGAAUAGAAGAUAUAAUUGUUAUCAGCAAAUAGUAUCAGCUCUAAGACCUUUGACACAUUACAUAGAUCAUUUAUAUAUACUAAGAAUAACAGGGGACCUAAGAUAGAUCCCUGAGGGACUCCGCAAGUGAUAUUUAAUGAUGAAGAGUUGUAACCAUUAUAUUGCAAAAAUUGUUUUCGACAAGAAAGAUAACUUUUAAACCAUUGUAAAGCAAUACCACGUACUCCAUAAUGUUCUAAUUUGUCGAGCAAAAUUUCAUGAUUUACUGUAUCAAAGGCCUUAGAUAAGUCAAUGAAUAGGCCUAAAGUUACCCUUUUAUUAAUGAGGCGUUUGUAGACGAUUCUUUCUAGGAAUUUAGAGAAAACUGGUAACACUGAUACGGGUAUGUAAUUUGUGAACAAAGAUUUAUCACCAGGU